AUGAACCCAUCAACCCUCCACCACCUAACCACCACCCCAUUGGGCCACCCUCCAGCACGCCUACGGCCCAGCCACCGACCUCCGAACCAACUACGAGCCCUCCAAUCACCCGACAAACAAGCGCGCACAGACGCCUACAACCAGCUCUACAGCAACAUCUACCACCAGUCUGACCGCUACGAAGCAACCGCGCACGCAGUGCCCUAUAUACUCAACAUUCUCUCGAACCCAGCAGCGCCUGACCGGCCGCGCCUGCUCUGCCUCCUGCUGGAUCUAGCUCUGGGCAUUCCUGCUGAGGUGUUGCCGUUGGGAGUUAGGCUUGGGGGCACUUGUGCGGGUGGGGUGUCCAUGUUUGGGAUGUCUCGGACGGACGGGUUGACUAUGGGGUCGUUGCACUACUACUACAACUACAAUCUCCCGCCUACACGCACACUCAACCAACCCCAUCUACUAAUCCGCUGGGCAGCCGCAGUAGCACUCACCCGGCUGGAGCAUCACGCACCAGAACACGUCAACGUGAUAACACAAGCCCUAACCGAUCCAUCGUUCAUCCCCGCUGAGUAUCACGCCGUCUUCCCCUUCUGCGAGGGGGAUUUCAGCAAAUACAGCGCUAAGAUCCUGAGGGGGUUGGACAUGAACGAGUAUCCUGGUGUGGUACCCGCUGUGCUAGAGACAUUGCCUGGCUUGCCGCGUCCGGAUGCAUUGAAUCUAGCUGAAGUAGCUAUGGAGCUUGCGUUGGGUGCUAUGCCUGACGAUGAAGAUGAUGAUGAUGAAGAAGAAGAAGAAGAAGAUAAUGAUGAUGAUGGGGUAUCUGUCGAGCGAAUGAGCGCGCUCCAGCGCCGAACUGUAAUGGCAUUAGCGGAGUGGGAUGAUGAUGAGGCGUGA